GCAGUCAGCUUCAGCUAGCACGAAAAUGGCCGGCCCGUCGGCUUUUGACAGGUCAUUUCGCGAGUGUCGCGAUAUCCCUUCGAAGUAUUCUCAGAUCUCGUGUUAGUCCGAAGAAAAGGUUGGUCGCUAGUGCAAGGAUCGCUCGAAAUGCAAGUAUAAAACGCCAGGCCCCCCCUGAGGAGUUUCAACCGAAACGGCAGUCUAACUCACAAAGAAAACCUUCGCAACUGCCUCCUUACGCGGUGGUUUGGUUCAUGGUUCGCUCGCAGGCAUCUAGCAGACGACACCGUCACAUCGGCAUCCCAAUCCGGAAAAACUCAUCUCGAGGCAUGUAGGGGACGAAAGCACGGACCAGAACAACAACAUUACCAUGACGAGCGAGAACCUUCUGCAACCCGGCCAUGUGGUCAAGGAAAGAUGGAAAGUGACGAAAAAAAUUGGAGGUGGUGGAUUCGGGGAAAUCUACGAAGGACUAGAUUUAAUGACAAAAGAACAUGUCGCCCUUAAAGUUGAGUCUGCCCGUCAACCCAAGCAGGUUCUUAAAAUGGAGGUAGCAGUACUUAAAAAACUUCAAGGGAAGGAGCAUGUCUGUAGAUUCAUAGGCUGUGGACGAAACGAUAGAUUCAAUUAUGUUGUGAUGCAGUUGCAAGGAAAAAAUUUGGCAGAAUUGCGACGCGCGCAACCAAGAGGUGCCUUUUCUUUAUCUACCACUCUGCGACUUGGACUUCAGAUUUUAAAAGCAAUAGAAAGUAUUCAUCAAGUUGGCUUCCUUCACAGAGAUAUUAAGCCAUCAAAUUUUUCAAUCGGUCGGCAGCCCUAUAAUAGCAGAUUGGUUUAUAUGCUUGACUUUGGAUUGGCUCGCCAAUUUACGACAGGAACUGGAGAAGUUAGACCUCCCCGAGCUGCUGCUGGAUUCAGAGGUACCGUCCGGUAUGCGUCUGUUAAUGCCCAUAAAAAUAAAGAAAUGGGACGACAUGAUGAUUUGUGGUCGCUAUUUUACAUGUUGGUAGAAUUUGUUAAUGGGCAACUUCCAUGGCGCAAAAUUAAAGACAAGGAACAAGUAGGAUUAAUGAAAGAAAAAUAUGAUCAUCGAUUGCUUCUGAAACACCUUCCUUCUGAUCUCCGUUCAUUCUUGGAACACAUACAGGAAGAUAUACUCCGCCACUGUACUCAGAAUGUCGCUGACAGGCCUAGCUUGGGUUAUGCGGAUAAACCGGAUUAUGCAAUGUUGGGUGGUUUGCUCGAAAGAUGUAUGAAGCGCCGAGGUGUGAAAGCGAGCGACCCUUACGAUUGGGAAAGACCUAUAAUAGUUAAUGAAGGUUUACCAACUGCUAGAUCGUUACCCACAGUUCCUCUUCCUCCGACACACACGACAGCCACUACGAUUAACCAACUGCAAACCACACCAAACGUUGAUACAAAUAAUCAAGAGAAUGUGGAACCAGAUAACAGGAAAGAGUUAGAUGCUCAAUUGGAUUAUGAAAGUAUAUGCAGGAGAAAUAGACAAUGUGCAAUUGAAGGUUCCGCAGUUCCGUUUACAGCAGCGAUCAGCAACCAUGGUCGGGAUAAAAAUUGCAAUGCUACCAUUCCUGUUACAGACAACACACAUCCACAGGGAGGACAAGUCGCCGUUACACCUCCUGUGCAAGUUUCUCCAAAGAAAAGACGCGCAGUUUCAAUGGCUGUCGAGCCACAGUGUCAAGUUGCCCCCUUGGAAAAGCAGAUAGACAACGAAGGUGAUGAACUGAUGGCUUCUGCACGUUCCGCUUCAGAAAUUCCUCGCACCAAGUCCGCUACGAAUGCUGCUAUGCCUCUUCGUAAAUCCGCUAGCGGUGCAACGUUUGCGCGGUUGCGAGUCGUUGCUGCACCAGAACCAAAUUCCGGUGAACCUCCAAGUCCUAGAAUACAAACCGACGUAGAUGCUUCUUACUGUUCUUACGACGUUACAAACACAAAACAUGGCGGAAACCACAGUCCCGUGACGGAACAGAGAGAACCUUUGAGAAGGGAGCCGAAAAAAAGAACUGACGGACGUCAGCAGUCACGGAGUGGACGUUCAGCGUUUAAAGAUUGUUCCAUUACUCAGUUUGCACAAAUAGACGACGAUAACGUCUCGGCUUUGCAACAAGUAACGAGAGGGGGUGGCGGAUUAACACUUGCGUCACAGUGGAAGUCGCAGUUUGAUGAUUCUGAGGAAACGGAUAAUGAAUGGAAAGGAGACAAUUUACAAAGCCCGGAACAUAAAGGAGUCCAUCCGCCGUCUCUUGUUCCACAGAGCACAGGCGGUAGUGAAGCAAUAGCAGUCACGGCAUCGACACCAGGAUCUCAGGAAGGGAAGGUGCAAAUGUCAGUAUUACCGUAUGUGUCCCAGCAGCAGAGUAUGUCUGCUGUUCAGACCGCACUUUCGCGUAUAAGCGAAGAUUCCCCACAUACCGCUGGCCGGCAUAGAUGUUUAAAUAUCGCUGGGAUUGAGAAAUACCCAGAACUACAGAGAGCAUUGCCUCGAGCAUGGAGUGCACCGGCGCUGGCGCCGCACGUUCGUGACUAUUUAGAAGCCCCUCUGGUCCAACAAGCUGCAUUUGACGAUUUACUGUACGAAGUUGACGUGAUGAGGAAUGUCGCCACUAGACAUGAUGAACCCAGAGAAAGUCCACCUCGUAGACGUGCAAGCGUUCCUGCUGUUACUUUCUCUCCUCCAAAUACUGUACCGACUACACCUGCGGGAGAUGAAGAAGAACAAGCAGUAGCAGGAAGGCUUGAAAUUAGAGUCGUGGAUGGAAGUGGAGGUGCUACAGUCGUCCAAACUAGUGCAGAUAGAGAACCCUUACAAAGAAAGUUAACCAACGGCACAGCUGGAAGUCCCGCAAGUCCCAAUGCCGGCCAGCUAGAUACUUCCAUCUACUACGACGCGACUGAAAAUCGCGUAUCCACAAACAGCAUGCCAAAUAAAGUUCCAGUAACAACCACAUCAUCGACCACGGUACCAAACACUGUCCCACUUCGGGAACAUAAGGAUAAGGAUAGAGAAAUUCCUUCCAGACCUCACAGCAUCUAUAGCAAAAUACCGAUUCCCGUAAAAAGUCCCAGGUGUUCUUUGUCAGAGUCUACUCCAGAAACGAAUACAACAAAUACGAGAACCGGCGCGGCUACUGGGAGCGAUUCUGCAGCUCAAAACUCUCAGUCGAAAGAGAGAGACUCAGUCACGAAAGGUAAGCCAUUGACCAUUCACGCGGAAGCACCGACGCUGAGACGUUGUGCCACGUUACCCGACGCUCGGCCGAGCGUACCGGCGUUAACUUCCACGAGCUCGACCGAGGACGAGAAUUUAACUGGCUGCACACCGGCUCUGCGUCGUCGCAGGCUAAGUGAAAAAUACGUGACUGAUGCCAGUCAGCUUAAUUUACGAUUCCAAAGACCUCAAGGUAGAUCAAGACCAAUUUCUGAGGUAUUGCCCAGAUGGUAUCCGAGAGGUGUACCUUCUCAUCUUCUAGGAGAGGCUGGCAAGAAAACCGAAGAGAGCAGUGACAAUGAUUCUAACAGCAGUGGUCCGCCAAAUUCUCAACCGCCACCGCCACCUGCCACCAUACCACCUCAUGUAGCAGAAAAUAAUGCUAGAUGCCGCAGAUUCAGACCGAUGCCAGACAGCGCGGUGAUUGGACGAGAGACGUGAGAUUGUGACUUUGAAGUAAAUACGUGGAAGACUUUGGUUGAACUCCAAACGAGAUGAUUAUUCAACUACAGCCAACUAGGAAUGUGAUACCUUUUUGGAUCAAAUUAGUAUACAGCGUUUCUAGUUAUGAAAGGACAGACGUUGAAAUCGAAGACUUUCGGGGAAAGGAACGCGCUAUUCCCCUACUGCGUGACGUACAAGAGAAACUGCUGGAUUAACCGAAUAAGUGACUGCGUGAUUUGUAUUACUUUUAAGACUUCUCAAGGGAAUUUUCAUUCACUUUACGGUCAUAUUCAAUGCACAGUUUCUAAGUCUUUUUGCAGAAUGCACUCUUUUCUUUACUAUUCAUUCUUAUCUUAACAAUCUAUUAAUUUUCAGUACCUUGAUUAAGACCGUAGAAACCACUUGUUCAGUGUACAAUCAGUAAAAAAUAUUUAAAGCGUACGUAGAUGCAUGUGAUUCACAAGAACGGAAGCUAUAUAACUUGAAAGCGGUAUCUGGAAACUUUAAUAGUACGUAAUAAAAAAGGAGUUUUAAGCUAGUGGCCCAAAAAAAAACGAAGCUCACGGUCACGUAAAAUUGAUCUCAGUUACGCUGUCACCUAUUCAUAUUAUAUUAUCAUUAUCACCUACUCGUGACUCAAUAAAUAUAAGUAAUAACGUGUGCUUUUGUAAACGAGGCAUUGUAAUGUGUAACGUGACUGCACCAAUGUAUUCUUCAUAUGUAGAUGGGGGACAAGAAGUCGAAGCGGAAAUUUCGUAUUCCCAAACUUUGGAGUACCGCGUGUGAUAUAUUUUUUUUAUCAAGCUAGAGGAUGGCUAAGUACGAUUUUUAUUUAAAGCGAGCAGGAUCGCCAAAAUCAUGAAAGUCCCUUUUUGUUAGUCUGAUUAUAAUUUUUAACUGCUUGUACACUGACAUUUAGUCUACAGGACAAGAUCGUAUGAAAGAGUUUCGUAUAGCGCAACUUAACAAAAUUCGCGGAGUUAUAUCUUUUGUUUCUUUUUUUUUAAUUAUAUAUAGGCGUCUGUCUCGACCCGUCUCGCUUGUGUUCUUGCUCGAAAAAUUUAUGGUAACCAACGAGCGAUCCUGAUCUCCAGUUGCGAAUAUUUAUUUAUUUUUUUUUAUAUUCGAGAGAAUAUAAUCACCGAAUUUAAUAAGCAGUUAUUGUACAGAUAGAUGAAAUUACAGGAUAUCCAAGAUUCUUGUCAACGCAUCUGAUACGCAAUUUGAAAUUGUGAUGGAAGGAUUUAUCUCGUAGAUAAUAAUAAUUUUUAAGUAGUCGUCGGACUGGGGCGAGUGUGCUAGUCUUGAAUAACUCGUCGCUAAAGUCAACAGAAUGCAACAAUCUUCGCGUAGAAGUGAAAUCUAGAUUAUUGCCGGGGUAAUUUAAUCUUUAACGAAUGCAAAUCGUAAGCGAUAAUAAACUAAUCAAUGUUCAACUAUAUUGUGUAAUAUAUAACGUGAUAGCUCUCGAGCUAAACAUUGUAAUACAACAAAUAGUAAUAGACUGGAUCUAUUUUAAAUCAGGCAGGCUCUACGCUGAAGUCCCAGAAUCUCUCAGUAACGACAUAUGUGAAGGUUUUAGAGAAAAUUAGGCGACACGUAAACACAUUUUUUUUCUUUAAAUCAUUAUUAUUUUUUAUCUUAAUUCAUUUUUUAUAUUGUCUUUCUAAAUUCCGCUUGAGAAAUCGAAUUUUAUCAUUUUCCCCAGAAAAAGGAAUGAUACGAAAAAAUGCUAACAUAAAAAGAAACCUUUUAAGAAGCUCUGUAAAAAAGACCUCUCAUCUUUAAUUGUUUUUGAGAAAAAUACGAAAAUUUAAUUUUUAGAAAACAAAUGGAAAGUAUACUAUAUAAAAGCAUUUGUUUAAAAGAUUGGAAAAAAUUUAGAAGAUGGGUUUUUUACAAAAUGCAUUUUUGAUGUUUUGAAAAUUCUAUGUGGUCUCAAAUUUUGUUUGUGACCGGGAAAAUGAUUUUUAUCUGAAUAUUGAAGGUUCGAAUUGUCAUCUUUGUACAAUUUUUUAAGUAAUAUUUUAUUUUAAAAAAAAAAAGGUUUGAAUUCGAUGCCAUUAAAAAAACUCCUGGUCACAAAAAUAGUUUAGCCUGAAUAAAACUAUAAGAUCUCUUCCUUAUAAAUUGUCAAAUAGAACAAAGAAAAAAACAUAAGACAUUAUAAAGGUUAAAAAAAAACCUGUUUUUUUUUUGUUUUGAAUACAAAUGUCAAAUUUCAAUUACACAUGACCUGGUAGAAUUUUGUUUCUCAAAUCCGAGAAAUACGUGUCGCCUAAUUUCCUUUGACCAAAAGUAACAUAUUUAAUAACUGAGAGAUGAGUCUGUGACUUGAAUUUAGAAGCUGCCUGAUAAAGAGUGAAUCUGGUCCAUACAACAAUUUGUAAUACAAAAAGUUAUAAUUCAAAUAAGUCGUGCACACUAAUAGCCCGAUGUGACUUGAAUGUAAUCAGGGGGCAGCGUAUAGUGUACCUUUCUUUAAGUUUCGUCGUAAAGUGCUGAGUUAAAUGAAACUUCCAGAGUAUGUAGUUAUAUUUAUUGUAUACGUAGGCGAAAAUUCAAAGCAAUCUGCAAUUCGGUAAAUUCAGUGAUAUGUAAGACUAGUCAGCUAGAAUCCUACAGUACAUACUCUGAUGUUAAAACGAAGGUCGAGUAGAAAGUCGAGUUACUUGCGUAGCUGUAAAUCCGUAAUUUUUCGCCAAUUUAAAACUAGUCACUAAAUUCCAAAUAUGCAACAAGAGCCGACAAUUUCUCGUUCGCUUAAGAUCAAAUCUAUACAGUUUUUAAAAAGUUCUCUCCUGGGUUCGCCAUGUUGUGCAAGGGCGUUUUAAACACAUGAAUUUUUAGUAAUCCCAGUUGGCAUCUUAAAAGAAUUUUUAUUUUUAUAAUCCUCAUUCAUAAACGGCUUAUAUUAGAGUUUAGAAAUAACCGCAAAGCUUGCAAGAAUAUUAUUGAAAAUUUUUAGAGUAAUUGUUUGAUUAAUUUGAAUUGAAAUUUUGUACUGCUUCUUCGUGAUGAGCAAGAUUGUCAUUUUUCAAGUUCGGUAAAUCGCAAUAAUAUUUUUGUGCCAUUACUCGUUGCGAAUUCCAGAAAAUUUAAAAACGGUACUUCGAGCAAUUUAAGUGCUUCAUGAUUCCUUCAAUAAUUAACACGGUCAUUGUUAAAUAUCGUAAAAAAACAAAGACAAGUGCGAUCAAACACCCCCGCGAUGAUGAAACAAUUCUGUAUUCGACGUUUUUUAUUUAUUAUAAAUUUGUAUAGGUUGAAUCGCAUGGAAAGAAACAUACCGGAAGUAAUACUGAUUGUAUAUUCUUUCAUCAGUGUAGAUUAGUUUUGAAAUUAGUGCAAUAUAUACACUGAAAUAUUGUGGAUGAGGUAAAUAUUUCCAAGUUAUAUGCCAAAUUAUCAAUAUUUAUAGAAGAAUAAUUAGUUAAUUAGCAACUGACGCAGUAUUGUUAUAAAAGAAGUAUCACGUAAUUUACGAUUAGUACUUCCCUUCCAUGGAGAUUAUUCAACGUAUGUAAUUGAUAGCUACAAAUCAAUAUUACAGUUACUGCUAACUUCCUACUUGUCUUUUUUUCUAAUAAAACGAGUCGCCAGCGUUGUCAGUGAUGCGAAUAAGUGUGCUCAUAAUGAAAUUCAGCGAGGAACAAUUCACCAUGUUUAAAGAAAUGUUGCAUUCCGUUGAAUGAGAAACCGCCCAAAAAAGAAAAAGUUACAAAAACAGAGCGAAUGAGAAGGAGAGAAAGAGAGAAGAACGCUCCAUCAUUUAGGUUCCUGUACAUAAUAUAUAUUAUCUUUAAUGUAAUGAAAUCAAUUAUAAUUGUCGAAAGAUUAAAUGAUCUACGAUACCAUAAUUAUUGUAUCUUCUCCGCUUUGUGAUCUACAAACAUUGAUACUGAAGCUGUAUCGCUGUUGUACGUGAAUGUAACAGAGUUUUGCUACUCUAAUGUGUAACGCUUAAAUGGCUAAAAAAAUUUAACGGAGAAGAGUACUAUUAAUUAACGAUUGUAAUUAAGUACGCAAAUAGUAAACAGAUAUUAUUGUCUAUGAAUAAUUAUUGUUAGUUUAUUAAUAAAUUAUUUAAAUUAAUAAUGAUGAAUGCGGGAGAGACGAAGUGAGAAAAAAAUUUAUUUAAAAAAAAUCAAGUGCUUGUAGCUUACCGCAUUAAUAAACCAAGGAGAGAAUUUAACUUUCUCCAUUUAAGAAAAUA